AUGGAGGCUGAUGCUGAGAGCGUUUUGAGGGUAAUCACUCCACCCUUGAUCCCAAUAAUAGACACACGGGUCAGGCUGUUUGUAAUGAUACCCAUCAUCAAAUGUGUAAAUAUUAAGCAGAGGAGUGUGAGGCCAGCUAGUGGAAAAGUGCAGAUCUCAUGGGAGUUGGGACACAAGUAA